AUGGGGAGGUUGGUGGCUCUGAGCUUGCUGGGGAUAGCGCUGGCGCUCCUGGGCGAGAGGCUCCUGGCGCUCAGGAAUCGACUUAAAGCCUCCAGAGAAGUAGAAUCCGUAGACCUUCCAAACUGCCACCUCAUUAAAGGAAUCGAGGCUGGCGCAGAUGAUAUUGACAUACUUCCCAAUGGUCUGGCUUUCUUUAGUGUGGGUUUAAAGUGUCCAGGACUCCACAGCUUUUCCCCAGAUAAGCCUGGAGGGAUACUAAUGAUGGAUCUAAAAGAAGAAAACCCGAGGGCACUGGAAUUAAGAAUCAGCCGUGGGUUCAAUUUGGCUUCGUUUAAUCCACAUGGUAUCAGCACUUUCAUAGACCGCGAUGACACAGUUUAUCUCUUUGUUGUAAACCACCCAGAAUUUAAGAAUACAGUGGAAAUUUUUAAAUUUGAAGAAGAAGAAAAUUCUCUUUUGCACCUAAAAACAAUCAAACAUGAACUUCUUCCAAGUGUGAAUGAUAUCAUAGCUGUUGGACCGGCACAUUUCUAUGCCACCAAUGACCACUAUUUCUCUGAUCCUUUCUUAAAGUAUUUGGAAACAUACUUGAACUUACACUGGGCAAAUGUUGUUUACUACAGUCCAGAUGAAGUUAAAGUGGUAGCAGAAGGGUUUGAUGCAGCAAAUGGGAUCAAUAUUUCACCUGAUAAAAAGUACAUCUACGUUGCUGAUAUACUGGCUCAUGAAAUUCAUGUUUUGGAAAAACACCCUAAUAUGAACUUAACUCAAUUGAAGGUACUCAAGUUGGAUACACUAGUGGAUAAUUUAUCUAUUGAUCCUUCCUCGGGGGACAUCUUCGUAGGCUGUCAUCCUAAUGGCCAGAAGCUCUUCGUUUAUGACCCAAAUAAUCCUCCAUCGUCAGAGGUUCUCCGCAUCCAGAAUAUUCUAUCUGAGAAGCCUACCGUGACUACUGUUUAUGCCAACAACGGAUCUGUUCUCCAGGGAAGUUCCGUGGCCUCAGUAUAUGAUAGAAAGUUGCUCAUAGGCACUUUAUACCACAGAGCCCUGUACUGCGAACUCUAAAUUGUGCUUUUGGGAUACAAGUGUGCUAACUUCUUUUAACAAUUAAGUUUCUAUGAAUUGCUAAUUCUGUGGGGAUUUAACCAUGAAAAGUGGACCCAGAAAUGUA